CCAAAGUCACAGUAACUUGGUACAAAAAAAAUGUCGAAUACCAACGAGCAAGAAAACGCCACCAGGACAAAUGUGAAAAGGAAGAGAUUCACUGAGAUGGAAGUAGAUAUGAUCAUGCCUGAUCCAUCUCCAAAAGGUAACAACUAUUACUCAGCCUUCGAGAUGAAUCUUGAGUGUGCAAAGAAAGUGCCAUCCACCAAUAGAGACCAAAGGGCAACCUUUUACCUCGGAGGGAUCUGUUGCUUAUUUCCGGGAAUCGCAGAAGAGCUUCAAGCCGCUGUUCGUUCGAUGGGUAGGAGAUUGACAAUCAUAAAGAUUCCUUCAGAUGCCGCAAGAAAUGGUUUAACUGUCCCACCAAAGAUUAUGGAUGGCCCAAAGGCAAGAGCUAUCUUUGGUUACUUAGUGAUCAUGCUUUACAAGAAUGUCAACGAAUCAAACUUUAGAGAAUUUUCUAACAAGCGUUUGAAAGCACUUCGUGCUGUCGCUAGCUGUAUUGAAAAAGGAUAUAUCUCAGUGUUCAAUGAUGUGGAAGAUGCUAUCUGCUAUCGAAACUCGUAUGGUCAGAAUCAUCAGAUCCGUAAAGCUGUUCUGAGUACUGUCCUUGAUACCGUCAAUGGCGACCGUCAUUUCUCUAGUGUUAGUCUUUAUGUUGCUAAUUUCCUCUCUUGGACAGACAUGGCAGGAUAUCAUGUUGUCGAAGAAUGUCUUGUUUAUCCUGAUUCCCCUGUUCUCAAAGCUCCUGAGCUAGCAACUGAAGUAAGCAAUUGGAAAAAAGCAGAUCAAGCAAUCAUGGAAACUGACUCGCCUCAGUAUUACAGGAUCUUGCAUGAGGACCCUGCGAGCUGCUCUAUACUUAGAAGAGCAAACUUUCCUACUCUCAUCGCUGUUGCAGAGAAGUUGAAGAAUAGAGUGCUUGGUGGCAGCAACAAGGUUGUGAAUGCAGAGAGAUCUGAUCAAGUAGACUACUAUUAUGAUAUGCAUGUCAAGUACUACGCCUCUGGCGGAGUGUGUGAAGCCACCAAGCGUAUUCUCGACUACUUUGAAGCAAAUUCUGAGUCAAUAGCGAAGCAUCUGUUUGGUUGGGGAUAAUGUUUCAUAAAUGGGUUUCUACGUACUCUUUGUCCCACAUUCCAUAGUUUUCUGUCUCUUUCCUUAUGGCUUUUAGGGUCUGAUUUCAUUCUACAUGGCGUCCUGUUGUAAUCAGAUAUUUUAAUAUGUUGCUUCUUUUGAGUUUCUACUGUUAUAUUUACAAUGAUACUCAUUAAAAAAUUGAAGGAGGA